GUCAGUAUUUUAACUUUCCGCCAGGGCACUGAGUGCCCUUCAGUGCUCUACUGCUCAGCUCUUCACUUCUCCUUCAAUGCGUGCUCAGUGAUGGCUUUUGGAAUUAUGCUCCUCCUGGGUGUCCUGGCUUCUUAUCAUGGAUUCAACUUGGAUGUGGAGGAGCCCACGAUCUUUCAAGAAGAUGGAGCUAGCUUUGGACAGAGCGUGGCCCAGUUUGGCAGCUCUAGAGUUGUGGUGGGAGCCCCUCUGGAGGUGGUGGCGGUCAACCGAACAGGACAGAUGUACGACUGUGUGGCUGCCACUGGCUUAUGUCAACCCAUACCACUGCACACACCCCCAGAGGCCGUGAACAUGUCCCUGGGCCUGUCCCUGGCGGCCUCCACCAAUCACUCCUGGCUGCUGGCCUGUGGCCCCACCAUGCACCGAGCCUGUGGGGAGAAUAUGUAUGCAGAAGGCUUCUGCCUCCUGUUGGGCUCCCACCUGCAGACCAUUUGGACCAUGCCUGCUGCCCUGCCAGAGUGUCCAAGUCAAGAGAUGGACAUUGUCUUCCUGAUUGAUGGUUCUGGCAGCAUUGUCCAAAGUGACUUUAAGCAGAUGAAAGACUUUGUCAGAGCUGUGAUGGGACAAUUUGAAGGCACCAACACCCUGUUCUCCCUGAUACAGUACUCCAACCACCUGAAGAUCCACUUCACCUUCACCCAAUUCCAGAGCAGCUCGAGCCCUCAGAGCCUGGUGGAUCCCAUCGUCCAACUGGAUGGUCUGACGUUUACAGCCACGGGCAUCCUGAAAGUGGUGAAAGAACUAUUUCAUAGUAAGAAUGGGGCCCGUAAAAGUGCCAAGAAGAUCCUCAUUGUCAUCACAGAUGGGCAGAAAUACAGGGACCCCCUGGAGUACAGUGACGUCAUCCCUCAGGCAGAGAGAGCUGGCAUCAUUCGCUAUGCCAUUGGGGUGGGAAAAGCUUUCCAGGAACCCACUGCCAGGCAGGAGCUGAACACCAUUGGCUCAGUGCCCUCUCAGGACCACGUGUUCAGGGUGGACAACUUUGCAGCACUCAGCAGCAUCCUGGAGCAGCUGCAAGAGAAGAUCUUUGCAGUUGAGGGAACCCAGUCGAGGACAAGUAGCUCCUUCCAACAUGAGAUGUCGCAAGAAGGCUUCAGUUCAGUACUCACACCGGAUGGACCAGUUCUGGGGGCAGUGGGGAGCUUCAGCUGGUCUGGAGGUGCCUUCCUGUACCCCCAAAAUAUGAGCCCCACGUUCAUCAACAUGUCUCAAGAGAAUGUGGACAUGAGGGACUCUUACCUGGGUUACUCCACUGAGUUGGCUCUUUGGAAGGGGGUCCAGAGCCUGAUCCUGGGGGCCCCCCGCCAUCAACAUACUGGGAAGGUUGUCAUCUUCACCCAGGCGUCUGGGCAAUGGAGGCCGAAGGCUGAAGUCGCAGGGACUCAGAUUGGCUCCUACUUUGGGGCCUCCCUCUGCACUGUGGAUGUGGAUGGAGAUGGCAGCUCUGACCUUGUCCUCAUAGGGGCUCCCCAUUACUACAAGCCGACUCAGGGGGGCCAGGUGUCUGUGUGCCCCUUGCCCCAGGGGAGGGCUAAGUGGCAGUGUGAGGUCAUUCUCUGUGGGGAGCAGGGCCAUCCCUGGGGCCGCUUUGGGGCAGCCCUGACAGUGCUGGGGGAUGUGAAUGGGGACAAGCUGACAGACGUGGCCAUCGGCGCCCCAGGAGAGCAGGAGAGCCGGGGUGCUGUCUACCUAUUUCAUGGAACCUCAGGACAGGGCGUCAACCCCUCCCACAGACAGCGGAUCGCAGGCUCCCAGCUCUCUCCCACACUCCAAUAUUUUGGGCAGUCACUGAGUGGGGGUCAGGACCUCACCCAGGAUGGACUGGUGGACCUGGCUGUGGGGGCCCGGGGACAGGUGCUGCUGCUCAGGAGUCGGCCAGUGCUGAACGUGGGGGUGACCAUGAGAUUCAUGCCCUUGGAGGUGGCAAAGGCUGUGUACCAGUGCUGGGGCGACGUGCCAUCCACCCUGGAAGCUGGGAAUGCCACAGUCUGUCUCUCUAUCCACAAAUGCUCACUGGACCAACUAGGUGAUGUCCAAAGCUCUGUCAGGUAUGAUCUGGCAUUAGACCCAGGCCGUCUGAUUUCUCGUGCCAUUUUUGAUGAGACCAAGAACUGGACUUUGACUCGAAGGAAAACCCUGGGGAUGGGAGAUUACUGUGAAACCAUUAAGCUGCUUUUACCAGACUGUGUGGAGGACGUGGUGAAUCCCAUCAUCCUACGCCUCAACUUCUCCUUGGUGGGGGAGCCCAUCCCCUCAUCUCAGAACCUUCGCCCUGUGCUGGCUGUGGGCUCACAGGACCUCUUCAUUGCUUCUCUCCCUUUUGAGAAGAACUGUGGUCAAGAUCACCUCUGUGAAGGGGACCUGAGUAUCAAUCUCAGCUUCUCAGGCCUGCAGACCCUGGUGGUAGGGAGCUCCCUGGAGCUUAAUGUGACAGUGACUCUGUGGAAUGAGGGUGAGGAUUCCUAUGGUACUGUCGUCCACUUCUACUACCCAGCAGGGCUGUCCUACCGACGAGUGCUGGGAACCCAGCCACCACAUCAGCGCCCACUGCACUUGGCAUGUGAGGGAGUGCCCACUGGGAACGAGGGCCUGAAGAGCAGCAGCUGUAACAUCAACCAUCCCAUCUUCCAAGAGGGCACUAAGGGCACCUUCAUAGUCACAUUUGACGUCUCCUACAAGGCAACCCUGGGCAACAAGUUGCUUCUGAGGGCCAACGUAAGCAGUGAGAAUAAUAAACCUACAACCAGCAAGACCAGCUUUCAUCUGGAGCUCCCAGUGAAAUAUGCUGUCCACAUGGUGAUAAGCAGGAAGGAAGAAUCUACCAAGUACUUCAACUUUUCAACUUCUGAUGAGAAGAGCAAGAAAGAUGCUGAGCAUCGUUAUCAUGUGAAUAACCUGAGUCAGCGAGAUGUGACCAUCAGCAUUAAUUUCUGGGUUCCUAUCCUGCUGAAUGGUGUGGCUGUGUGGGAUGUGGCUGUAGUGGCCCCCUCACAGAACCUCCCCUGUGUGUCGGAGAGGGAACCUCCCCAGCAUCCUGACCUCCUGGCCCAGAUUCCAGGGAGUCUUGUACUGAACUGCUCCAUUGCUGAAUGCCUGAGGUUCCGCUGUGACCUCCCCUCCUUUGGCAUCCAGGAGGAUGUUGACUUCAUCCUGAAGGGCAACCUCAACUUUGGCUGGGUCAGCCAGACAUUGCAGAAGAAGGUAUUGGUGGUGAGUGUGGCUGAAAUCACAUUCAACAGGUCCGUGUAUUCCCAGCUUCCAGGACAGGAGGCAUUCUUGAGAGCUCAGGUGGAGACGGUGCUGGAGAAGUAUGAGGUCUACAACCCCAUCCCCAUUAUUGUGGGCAGCUCUGUGGGAGGGCUGCUGCUGCUGGCUCUCAUCACAGCCAUCCUAUACAAGGUUGGCUUCUUCAAACGUCACUAUAAGGAAAUGAUGGCGGAAGCCGAUGGGCAGACUGUUCCAGAAAAUGGGACUUCAGACCCUCAGGUUGCCCAAUAAGAAACUACCUCCUAUUGUCCCUUGGACCUGUUAUCCUCUGAGAGGUUUCCUGGCCUUCUUACUCCCAACUAAGUUAGGCCUGCAGGGGGAGAAAUGUUCCACGUGAGGGAGGCUAGGAUCAGGCUGCUUUCUCCUUUGGGAGGCUGCAGUAUAUCCACACAAAGUGCCUUGCCUGGGAAGGGCCAUUUGUCUUGUCAAGGCUGUAACUGGAAACCCCAGAACAGGACCCUAACCAUGCCCCUGGGCGGAGUUGAUUUGCAUUUCUACUUAGAAAUACAUGAACAAUAGCCUCAGGCUCCAGUCUCUCUUGCUUCACUUGCCGCCAAUGAUCUUUCUAAAAUACAGUACUAAACAAGCCACAAUCUUCAUCUAUCUUUAGUGGCUCCCUAUAAUUUUCAGGUUGACAUCUGAACUCUCCAGAUUGAUAUUAGGAUUCCAGUUCCAUUUCUAGAGGGUGGGCUUUGAUGCACAUACCAUGAUUUGCUCUGUGCUUCCCUAUCAUCCUUAUUCCUAGUAAAAUACUGUCACUAUCAGCACUUUGUCUCAGGAAUCCCAGUCCAGAUUUCCCAAACUGAACUGGGAAUAAAAUGUCUGCACAUUGGAAUUUGUAAACUUGGCUUUCAGGCUUUGUUAGCUUUGCUAGCUGGGAGGGGGGAAUAGAACCCCAGCAGGAGCAUUGCCCCAAUGCCACUUUGGCUCACCCAGCUCCAGCAACUCUAAGAGAUUAAGAGGUCCAGGACACUUUCAUUUUUUGACAUUGCAAAUAUAGUAAAUUAAGAAAUGCUGAUACAUAAUUUUUAAAAGUGUGUAUUUAAAUGUUUGCCUUAACAAAUUAACACAUUACACAAAACGAAUAUAUGUACCUUUGUUGAGAAAUAAGUCAAAGAUCUAAAAUUCAGGCCUUUUAGGGAUGUGGGUCCUGUACAAUGAUGCCCAUGGUGUCCCUUAACCAAUGGUGGGUGCCGGCCAGCCCUGAAUCCUGGGACCAGGACAAGAAAGUUAAAUAGAGGGGGAGGUUAUUACAUCCCUAUAUUGGGGUAACCUGACUUCUUAUUCUACUCACUCAAUUCUCAAAGCUGUCACUGAUGGGAAGCUAAUGGGGCUGUGGCAGGUGGGGGUAGGACAAGAAAAUGGGCUCAGGUGGAAAGGUCUUUAGAGUGAAGCAAUACACUGGUGUUUCUUACAAAUCUUAAGAGAUCGUGAAGGGGACACUGUUUGCAUAUGGUUAGUGAUUGGCAGGCACUCUGAAGUCCUGUAUCAGAGAUCUGCUGCCCCCAAUAUGGUCACUGUUGCUAUUAUGCCACCCAUCUUAGUAUAAAGCUCAAAGUGAUGCCUGGCACUGAGCUGGGUGUCAACACAUAAGAGGUCAUUUCCUGCCUUGGUGUGAUCCCACCGCUGCUGCCACCUCCAAGGGGUUUGGGCCAUGUGGAUGUUCUUUUUUAAAUAAAUAUUUAUAUUUAUUGAUUUGACAGAGAGAGACACAGCAAGAGAGGGAACACAAGCAAGGGGAGUGGGAGAGGGAGAAGCAGGCUUCCCUCAGCGUGGGGAGCCCAAUGCGGGGCUGGAUCCGAGGAUCCUGGGAUCACGACCUAGCCGAAGGCAGACAGACACUCAACCACUGCACCACCCAGGCGCCCCAUGGGCCAUGUGGAUGUUCUAAUUAGAAACACAGAAAGGGGAGGUAGUUGAUCAUGUGAUUAUAGGGGAAGCUGGAAAAUGGCUCUUUAUGGGCACCCAAAAGUAUCUCCUCCUUUCAUCAUCAUAGGGUCCAAAAUCCCUCUGGAGUCUCCAGAAGGACCAAAUAUUAUGCAAUAGCUUUAAGUAGGUCUCCAGAUUAGACUUUAUGAGAAUCCAGUUUUGGAUUGUUGUUUCUCAAAAUGUGUUCUGUGAAUCACUGGUGGUCUCUGGUGGUCUCCUACGUGCUAAGUUUUAGAGAAAAAAAACUGCAAGAAGUAGUUUUUAACCCACACAUCUCAUACAUUUGAAAUGGUGACUUUCAUAGAAAUCUGUCUAUAUCCUUAGUAUUUUGUUCCUAAAGACUGUCCAUAGACUCCAAGGGCUGCAGUGGGCUCUUGUGUAAAAUGAAUUCAACAGGUGUUACUUUCACUUAUUUUUCCUUUGCAUAUUAUUGCUUACAUUCAUUUUAUUUGAUUUUUUUCAGAGUUGCUAUUGUGUUGUGUUAUAUCUCCAAUCACAAAAAUGGAGCAAUGGCUCAAAAGUUUUGGUUGAAACAUAAAAAUUAAG